CUAGGACUGUCAGGAUGCAAAUAAUUGAGUUACAUGACUGCAAUGAUGAGAUCACGUCUCUCCUACCGAUGAGAUCAUGUUAUUUAAUUUUUAAAUCUGCCUGACUGCAAAUGCCCGUUCUCAUAUCACCAGUUCCUGAUGCAUGGAUUAUUAAAUCCCUUGAGAGCUACCUUUGUUUUAACCAUCUAAUUCGGAAGUUCCAGAAAUCAGUAUAUAAAUUCGUCAGCUGUUUGUAUAGUCUUCAUUACUGUAUUUGGAAAUACUCGGAAAAUGCAAAUAUUCGUAAAGACAUUGACAGGGAAGACGAUUACGUUGGAGGUUGAGCCUAGUGAUACUAUUGAGAAUGUGAAAGCUAAGAUCCAAGACAAAGAAGGUAUUCCUCCUGACCAACAACGUUUGAUAUUCGCUGGUAAGCAGUUGGAAGAUGGACGUACUCUGUCUGACUACAACAUCCAGAAAGAGUCGACUCUGCAUCUUGUCCUUCGUCUACGUGGUGGAAUGCAAAUCUUUGUGAAGACGUUGACUGGUAAGACGAUUACGUUGGAGGUUGAGCCUAGUGAUACUAUUGAGAAUGUGAAAGCUAAGAUCCAAGACAAAGAAGGUAUUCCUCCUGACCAACAACGUUUGAUAUUCGCUGGUAAGCAGUUGGAAGAUGGACGUACUCUGUCUGACUACAACAUCCAGAAAGAGUCGACUCUGCAUCUUGUCCUUCGUCUACGUGGUGGAAUGCAAAUCUUUGUGAAGACGUUGACUGGUAAGACGAUCACGUUGGAGGUUGAGCCUAGUGAUACUAUUGAGAAUGUGAAAGCUAAGAUCCAAGACAAAGAAGGUAUUCCUCCUGACCAACAACGUUUGAUAUUCGCUGGUAAGCAGUUGGAAGAUGGACGUACUCUGUCUGACUACAACAUCCAGAAAGAGUCAACCUUACAUCUUGUUUUGCGCCUACGUGGAGGCAUGUGAUUUCUGUUAAAGUAAAAUUAAAAAAUAAAUUUUAGUUUGAUUUUAUUUCUAAACGUAGUUCUGUUUUCUCGAGCUGCGAAUGAUGUUGAUCUGUUGUGUUGUACUAAGUAGUGCGUUUUAGCAGUGUGAUACGGUCGAUGGAUAUUCGAGCUUGUACAGAUUUCAGCUAAGUCAUUCAUUGUUUAAUCAUGUUGUAGGACGAGUCGUUUGGACACAAUGUGUUUGAUGAUAUAGGCUUUAGGAGUUGUAUGGUAUUGAGUAAGGAUACGCGUUUUGAAAUUUGUAGGAAAGUAAUCGCAAAUAAAGUGAUUGUCAUAUUACAACCGACUUCGUGACAUCACAUAAUCCAUUGCUGUAGAUAUCGACCGCAUAUCAGACUUGAGUUUGUAUAUCCAACCCAUUCUCAGCGUCUUUUCCUAGUUCCCGUUUCAGUUGGAUGCUGGUUUGUUCUCUCCCGCGGUAGGCUGUUGCUGAUGAUAUCCGGCCAACGGACAAUGACUAUCUUGUAGAAUUUAUUUAUUUGAACACAUAAAUAUUGGUACAAGAGAACGCCAAUAUAUAUGCGCCACACAAAACAAUGAGAAUUCAAAGAGAAAAAAGAAAAAAAAACAGGUAAGGGCGUAAAAAAAGGGAGCACUAACGAAGAGAUUGGUGUAAGGUAGUAAGGAGGGAACGAAAAGGUACAAUCGGAAG